AGAAACAACACCCCAACACGAUGCUAUUGCUAAAUAUUAAUCAUCGUGUGCACCAAUUCAGCAUUAAGAGUGCAUUCACCCCAUUGUGCACACAUAAUAAGAAAAGCACUCGCAAUCGUUGGUUAUUGAGCCAACGACGUAAACAGUGUAGUUUCCCAAGUGUUCGAGGGCAGAGAGAGGCUCGCAUAGGGUGCACGAUGACGAGAAACAUUGGCGUCUCCAACGACACUAGAACUCACAAUGUGAAGGCCUUUGUGACCGUGAAACCAAGUGCUGGCCUCCUAACGAAUCUCGUUAGAGGUGGUGUUGAAAGGAUUGAAGAGUUCAUUGGAAAAACAAUUGUUUUGGAGCUUGUUAGUGAGGAGCUUGAUUCGAAAACGAACCAAGAGAGAGAGACAAUAAAAGGUAAUGCACACAAGACUGAGGAAAAAGAUAAUGAGGUGCAUUAUGAGGCCACAUUUGAGGUACCAGCAGAGUUUGGAAAAGUGGGUGCUGUAUUGGUUGAGAAUAAACACAACAAGGAGAUGCUCUUAAAGAAGAUAGUCUUUGAAGGCUUCCCUGAUGGCCCUGUGCAACUCACUUGUCAUUCAUGGGUUCAGUCAAAGCAUGAUAAUCCAGUGAAGAGAGUCUUCUUUACUGACAAGUGUUACUUGUCAUCAAAAACACCAAGUGGGUUGAGAAGGCUCAGAGAAGAGGAGUUGGGGCGAUUAAGAGGGAAUGGAGAAGGGGAGCGCAAGAGCUUUGACAGAAUAUAUGAUUAUGAUGUAUACAAUGAUCUUGGGGAUCCCGAUUCCAACACUGACCUCCGAAGGCCUGUUCUUGGUGGCACCAAACAACAUCCAUAUCCAAGGCGGUGUCGUACGGGUCGAACGCACUCUAAUUCAGACCCAUCAUUUGAGAAGAGAAGUUCAAGUUUCUAUGUUCCUCGUGAUGAGACAUUUUCUGAUAUAAAACAGUCACAAUUCACAAUGACAUCAAUAUCCUCAGGACUUAGUGCAAUUUCAGAAUUCUUUGAUGCAAUUCUCAUUGACCAAAAUCUUGGAUUUAGAAGCUUUGAAGACAUAGACACUAUCUACAAAGAAGGGUUUCAGUUACCAUCUCUUGAAGAUAAUGGCUUAACAUUUCUACAAAGCACCAUUCCUAGGUUAAUCAAGACUGCUAAUGAUAGCAAAAACCUUUUACGCUUUGACGCCCCAGAAACAAUUAAAAGGGACAAAUUCUUUUGGUUUUCAGAUGAGGAAUUUGCUAGGGAGACUUUGGCAGGGGUGAACCCAUAUAGCAUCAAAUUGGUCAAGGAAUGGCCUCUAAGAAGUAAACUAGAACCCCAAAUCUAUGGUCCACCAGAAUCAGCUAUCACCAGAGAAGUCAUUGAACCACAAAUAAUUGGUUAUGGCACAAUUGAAGAGGCCAUUAAAGAGAAGAAGUUGUACAUGUUAGACUACCAUGAUUUAUUUAUACCUUACGUAAGCAAAGUGAGAAAGAUAAAAGGGACCACACUAUAUGGAUCACGAACAUUAUUCUUUCUCACUAAACAAGGCACAUUGAAGCCACUAGCUAUUGAGCUCACUAGACCUCCUAUGGAUGGCAAGCCACAAUGGAAGCAAGUUUUUACUCCCGCUUCUCAUUGUAUUUCUGAUUCAACCAAUCUUUGGCUUUGGAGGCUUGCCAAAGCUCAUGUUAUUGCCCAUGAUUCUGGUUAUCAUGAACUUGUAAAUCAUUGGUUAAGAACUCAUGCUGUCAUGGAACCAUUUGUCAUUGCAACAAAUAGGCAUCUUAGCACUUUGCAUCCAAUCUACAAAAUACUGCAACCACAUCUAAGAUAUACCUUGGCUAUCAAUUCGCUUGCUCGUGAAAUUCUUAUCAAUGCAAAUGGGAUCAUUGAAAACUCAUUUUCGCCUAAUAAAUAUUCAAUGGAGUUAAGCUCUGUGGCAUAUGAUCAAUUUUGGCGAUUUGAUUUGCAAGCACUUCCUAAUGAUCUUAUUGAUAGAGGAAUGGCUGAAGUAGAUGAUAGUGCACCACAUGGCCUAAAGCUAGCAAUUGAAGACUACCCUUUUGCUAAUGAUGGUCUCCUCAUAUGGGAUGCUAUCAAACAAUGGGUCACGGAGUAUGUCAACCAUUACUAUCCAAACUCAAGCACCAUAGAAUCUGACCAUGAGCUCCAAUCAUGGUGGAGAGAAAUUCGAAUAGUGGGUCAUGGAGACAAAUCUGAGGAACCAUGGUGGCCAAAUCUUAAAACACCAAAAGAUCUUAUUGACAUCAUCAACACCGUAACUUGGACAGCAUCUGCUCACCAUGCAGCUGUAAACUUUGGUCAAUAUACUUAUGGAGGCUAUUUUCCUAAUCGACCCAAUAUUAUUAGAAACAAAAUGCCUACAGAAGACCCUUCUAAGGAAGAAUGGGAAAAUUUUCUAAACAAACCUGAGCAAACUCUUUUGGAGUGUUUCCCAUCACAAAUCCAAGCAAUUACAAUGAUGGUAGUUUUUAACAUUUUAUCAUACCAUUCCCCAGAUGAAGAGUAUAUUGGGCAAUACAUGAAUCCAGCAUGGGCUGAAAAUCUAACUAUAAAGACGGCUUUUGAAAGGUUUCAUAAAAGACUAGAAGAAAUUGAAGGCAUUAUAGACUCGAGGAAUGCAAAUCGUAAUUUGAAAAAUAGGCAUGGUGUUGGGUUAGUACCUUAUGAGCAAAUGAAACCAUUUUCAGGGCCUGGAAUAACAGGAAAAGGAAUUCCAAAUAGUGUAUCCAUUUAAAGACUGAUGCAUUUAAAUAUUAAAAUAUAAUUUUUCUUUUACAAUAUUUGGUUCAUUAUUCUUCAGAAUAUAUAUUGAUAUUAAAGGUUUUGUAUCCUAA